AUGGCACGGCGUGCGGCUGUAAUUUACUUGUACGGCACCCUUUUCUUUGGGAAAGGGGCCUCUGAAAAUGAUACUAAAGCACCAGGAGCUACAGCCAGAGGACAUGUCAUCAUGGGAGGGAUGUUCCCCAUUCAUAAAGGUGUUGAAAAAAUUGACGGUUCCUUUGCUCCCCAGCCUCAAAUAUGUGUUGGGUUGUCGGUUCGAGCCUUGGUACUGUCUCUGACUAUGAUCAAUGCAAUUGAGGUUGUGAAUCGAUCUCCCUUACUCAUGGACCUUAACAUCACUCUGGGCUACCGGAUUCAAGACUCCUGCACUGAUGUGAGCACAGGUCUGAGAGCCACAGUUGACUUCAUAGAGCAGGCAAAGUGUGGGAAAGGACACAGCCCCUCCAAGUGCAAUCAGCCAGUUGUCGCCAUCUUGGGAGCUGCUUUUUCUGAAAUGUCUAUUCUCGUUGCUAGGCAACUAGCCCUCGACAUGAUUCCCCAAAUCAGUUAUUCAUCAACAGCUGUGAUUCUGAGCGACAAAAAUCGCUUUCCCAGCUUCUUGAGGACGGUUCCUAAUGAUGAGCACCAGACAGCUGCCAUGGUCAGACUAAUCAGUCUCCAAGGCUGGAACUGGGUGGGAAUGAUCAUCUCGGAUGGUGAUUAUGGCCGCUCAGCACUUGAGCACUUUGCAACUCAGGCAUCUGAAUAUGGAAUUUGCAUAGCGUUCAAAUCUAUCCUUCCGUACACCGGCACGGAUGAGGAUUUACGGUCUGCUGUCAGACAGGCCGCCCAGACCAUCUCUCAAAAUCCUAAGGCACAAGUGAUCGUGUCCUUUACAACCCCAACUCACAUGACAGAGCUUUUCCAGGAACUGUGGAAUGAGAUGAUGAGAAAAGGGCAAAGUGUAGAGUCUAUGAGAAGACUGUGGUUGGCCAGUGACAGUUGGUCCACCUCUGCUUUUGUACAGGGAGACUUAACCCUUGAGGACAUGGGACAGGUUGUAGGUUUCAACUUCAGAACUGGAAACAUGUCAUCUUUCAAUGAGUACCUUGACAGACUGGAGGUAACUGGAUAUAACAACACACAGAAUGACACCUUCCUGGAAGAAUUGUUCAUGCUGAUGAAUGAAAGCAGCAUUUCUAGAAACACUGACCUGCUGGCAUCUAAAGUUGUCAAGGCUAUCAGAGCAAACAUUAACCCGGCCACAGUCUUUAGCGUCGAAUUGGCUGUGGCUGCCACUGCUCAAGCGAUAGCCUCCGUCUGCAGGAAUCGAGAUUGCAAAAAUCCGGGCAACCUCCAGCCAUGGGAGGUACUGGAGGCUCUUCGGGUACACGAAUUUGAAGGUCAAGGGAAGAGUUACACAUUUGACAGCCAAGGAGACAUCAAUGAAGGUUAUGAUGUCACCAUAUGGACGUCACUAGAAGGGAAAAUUAACGUUCAUGACAUUGUGGCUGAGUACAACCCUCAAACAAAAAACUUCACCCUAACAAGCAGCAACUCCAGCGGUCGUUUUCAGGACUUGCAGCAAAUAUUCUCGAAGUGUUCCAAUAGCUGCAUCCCCGGGGAGUUCAAGAAAACAUCAGAGGGUCAACACACUUGUUGUUAUGAGUGCAUCAACUGUACAGAGAAUUACUACUCCAACGACACAGAUAUGGACCAAUGCAUGAGCUGUGAUAAAAACACAGAGUGGUCUCCUAAGGGAAGCGCCUCUUGCUUUCCAAAACGUGUCACUUUCUUCAAGUGGCAAGACCGCUUUGCCGUGUGCCUCCUUGCAUUCUCUGUUCUGGGCAUCCUGUUGGUUUUGAUGGUGUCAGCAUUGUUUCUACAUAAGCGAGACACCCCUGUGGUGAGAGCUGCCGGAGGACCCCUUAGCCAAGUCAUUCUGUACUCUUUGGUUGUCAGUUACAUCAGUGCUGUGCUAUUUGUUGGUAGGCCCAGCAACCUCCAGUGUAAAGCAAGACAAGUGCUCUUUGGCAUCAGUUUUACUGUGUGUGUGUCCUGCAUCCUGGUCAAAUCCCUGAAGAUCCUUCUUGCAUUCCAGUUGAAUAUAGACAUCCAGGGUGCACUCCGGAAAGUUUACCAGUCCUACUUGAUUAUUCUUGGAUGUGUAGCAUUACAGGUUACCAUUUGCAUCAGUUGGCUGGUCCUUAAAAGCCCUUAUAAAAAGAUUAUUUCACUGCCCCAAACUCUGCUGGAAGACUGCCAUGAAGGAUCUUAUUUGGCAUUUGGUGUGAUGCUGGGUUAUAUAGCAAUUUUGGCUUUUGUUUGCUUCAUCUGUGCCUUUGUGGGACGUAAAUUACCACACGGGUACAACGAGGCUAAAUUCAUUACCUUUAGCAUGCUGCUUUACCUUAUAUCCUGGUUAAUCUUUGUCCCCAUCUACAUAACAACACCUGGGGUGUAUCUUCCAGCUGUGGAAAUGGUGGUCAUUCUCGUCUCCAACUACGGCAUCUUAGGCUGUCAUUUUCUCCCCAAGUGUUAUAUAAUACUUUUUAGAAAAUCCCAAAACACCACCAGUGCUUUCAGGAAGAAACUGUAUGAGUAUCAUGUAAAAAGUUCAGAUUCAUUUUCUGUGUCUGGAAGUUCAGUGUCAGAGAAACAGCUUGGCUUUCAGCAGAGUGUAAGAGAUGCUUCGUCCUUCCCACCCAAAGAGGAUUAUGUGAAACCUGCUGUGGAGAAAAACUACCGUAACAGAGACAGUUUCAAAGUAUCCUACAGAGGAAAAAAUGAACGUAUCAAUCAAUACAGUUUCCACAGAAGAAGCAUGAGCUUCUAGGCUGAUGAAAGACUUUGCAUCCAUUCACGAUCUCAUGAGGGUGUUCGAUAAUAACAUGAAAAAGCAAACAUUUAAAAAUGGAUCUGAAUGUUUUUGAGAAUGAUUGCUUGUGCUCCAGCAAAAUUUUCAAAAUUGUUGUCAGUAAAAACUAAGGCCUGCAUGCAUGUUGGGCCAAAUACACACGUAAAGCUAAGAAAGGUUUUUGUUACAAUUUUGCUCUUCGUUACCAAGGACAUCAAAUGACAGACUACAUUAUGUCUUAUAAUAUAUACAAGAUUAUCUUUAGGUGUGAAGUUUGUCAAGAGUGGAUUUGUACCGAUGGUAGGGUCCGAUUUUUUUACAUCUGCCCCUUCCAGCCCCUUCAUAAGCACUUGGGCAACACGUGUCUGCUUGUCCCUGUUUUUGUGAGAUCACGUGUGGUCACAUGCAAGAUUCCUGCCCCAAAAGGACUUGUUUUUAGAGCGGUAACCCAAUCUGUGGUACUCCGUACUGAAAUUAAUGAAUCACAGCACAAACGAAUACGACCAUAACUGUUAAGUGCUGGAUUUUUUUUUUCCUCUUUAUGUGUGGGGUCUGUCACGGAUUAAAACAUUUUUUAAGAUUUGAAAUAUCCUUAUGUGUGUACCAGACCUUCAUUGUUCAGUGUGUCUACCAUGCCUUUUUAGCAUUUGUUCCUACUUUGUGGACGGAUUCUAAACACACUGUACAUGUUCUUAGAUUAUGGUAGGAACCUUUCUGAAGGACAUUAGAUUUUAUUGAUCUUCCAGUUACUAUUGUGACAAUAGAACUUAAUUAAAUUAUUAGAAAUGAGACCAGUCCUCAUACACAAUAAAAUAUUUGUACAGUAUGUCCAUCCAUUCAUUUAUUUUCUAUGUCACUCUAUGAUCAGUGUCGCAGGGAGACGGAACAUAUCUGAUUUUAGCAGAAAUGUGAGGUAUGCCCUAGAUAUGUCAGCAUCAGAUACAGUAUAGCCCAAAACAAAUUUCACAUUCACACUGUCACUGAGAGGAGACUGAGUUCAUUGCAUUGCAUCAGUGCCACAUAUCUUCCUCAAUUAAACCAGUUUAAAAGUUACACCCAUGCACGGGUUUUCUCUGCUUCCCCUGGCUCUACAUUCCAUAAAAAUAUCUUAGUGCAACUGACGAUUAAAUUGUCCAUAGGUGCAAAUGUGAGUGUGAACAGUUGUUAAUCUACAUGUGUCCUGUGAUUUGUGAAAUAGAAAAUGGAUGGAUGAAUUUCUGAUGCACAUUCAGUUUGAAAACAGAAAAAGGGU